UUCUCAAUCAAGCGUUAGGGUUUCAUGGCAAUAAAGGCUAUGGAGACGUUACAGGAUCUGAUCGAAGAAGCAAAGCUUCGUACUGUGUGGUGGGCUAUUUGUAUUUUCGCUAUCACUUACAUCUUAACCCACACCAGUAAAUCAAUGUGGAUGAAUGUUCCUAUAGCAGUUUUUCUGGUAUCAGGGGUUCAUAUUUUAUUAAACGAAGUGGAUUUCCAUUGGAAGAUCAGGAAACCCCGCGGACAUUCAUAUUUGGCACACCUCGAGAAAAAACAACUGUCUGUGAAUGAUUCUCGUCUUUCCACCCUGCCUCCCCUGCCUAAAUGGAAGAGGAAGAUUGAUUCUCCAGUAGUCGAGGCUGCUAUGGAGGAUUUUGUUAAAAAGCUGUUGCAAGAAUUUGUGGUUGAUCUGUGGUAUUCUGAUAUAACGCCUGACAAGGAAGCACCACAGCUGAUACAUGCAAUUCUUAUGGAUGUUUUUGCCGAAAUUUCCACAAGAGUCAAAGACAUAAACCUAGUUGACAUGCUAACGAGGGAUGUAGUUGAUCUAGUAGGGGAUCAUCUAGAGCUUUUCAGGAAAAACCAAGCUGCUAUUGGCAGGGAGGUUAUGGUGACACUAUCUUCUGAUGAAAGAGAUGAAAGGUUGAAACACCAUCUCAUGACUUCUAAGGAGCUUCAUCCAGCUUUGAUAUCACCCGAGAGUGAGUACAAGUUUCUUAAGCGGAUUAUGGGGGGAGUUUUGGCCGCAGUGCUCAGACCACGAGAAGCUCAAUGCCCUUUAGUUCGAUGCAUUGCACGGGAGCUUAUAACAUGCUUGAUAAUGGAACCUGUAAUGAGAUUUGCAAGCCCUGGGCAUAUCAAUGAGUUGCUUGAGAUUAUUUUCUUAGCCAACAAUAACAAGGGAGAGACAGAGGCAGGUGAUCAGUCAUCUAAUGUCGUGGGUCCUACCCAGAAUCAGACCCAGAAUCAAUCUGCUGCUACAAACAUUGUAAAACCUCCAGAGUCUGCUUCCACAAAAAGUGGCUCCUCUUCUGGUCAAAUGAGUGGUCAGACUUUGUCUACACCUAACAACCAAAAGGAAGCACUUCUAAACCCAUCUGGUACAAUCGUUAGUGGCCCAGUUCAAGAUGAACCAUUGCAUGCACGGACCUCUGAUUGGGCUCGGGUUCUUGAGGCAGCUACCCAGAGAAGGACAGAAGUUCUCCAGCCAGAAAAUCUUGAAAAUAUGUGGACCAAAGGAAGAAACUAUAAGAAGAAAGCUCAGAAGAAUGUUGCUCCAGGACAUCAACCUCCUAGCAUAAAUGGUUCAGGAAUAAGCAGUGUUAUCAACAGAAAAGAUCUAGGGAAGGAAAUAUCACCCCAUAAACCCGAGAUUUCCACCAGCAUAGGUAAGACUGCAGCACAGAUCCCGCCAGGGCCUUAUGCGGAUGAUCAACAAAAAGACCCAAAUCUUGAUGCUAAUGGUUUGUCUGAUCAAGUCAAGACACCAGCUCUUUGUGAUUUAGAUAAUGAAAAUUCUAAUGGAAGUAGCAUAUGUGAUCUGAACAUUCAAACCCAGCCUGAAAAUAAAUCUCCAAUCCAAGUCGGUGGAUCCAUCAUCUCGGAGUUCUAUAGUGCGAAUGCUGGGAGAGAUAGUGAUGCACUUAAUGUUAAUAGUGCUUCUGAUAAGGGAUCACGCAGUGAAGGAUAUGUUCCCAAGCUUAAGUGUCGGGUUCUAGGAGCAUACUUUGAGAAUAUUGAUUCAAAAUCCUUUGCAGUCUAUUCGAUUGCGGUGACGGAUGCUGGUAAUAAGACUUGGUUUGUAAAAAGAAGAUACAGGAAUUUUGAGAGAUUACACCGCCAUCUUAAGGACAUUCCCAAUUAUACGUUACAUUUGCCACCUAAAAGGAUACUCUCGUCUAGCACAGAGGAUGCAUUUGUUCAUCAACGUUGUAUACAGCUUGAUAAAUAUCUUCAAGACCUUUUGUCUAUAGCUAAUAUUGCUGAGCAACAUGAAGUGUGGGACUUCUUGAGCAUGAAUUCAAAGAGUUACUCUUUUGGAAGGUCGUCAUCAAUGGUGAGAACCUUAGCAGUCAAUGUGGACGAUGCUGUGGAUGAUAUUGUACGUCAGUUUAAAGGAGUUUCAGAUGGUCUAAUGCGGAAAGUUGUUGGCCCUUUGUCCCCUUCUGGAGCUUCUGCUUCAGCUGCAAACAGAACCGUGCCAUGGAAGGCUGAAGAACCAUCUGAUUCAGUGUUAAAGCAAACUACCUUGGACACGACUAACAAUCUUUCUGAUAAUGAGGAAGGUGACAAAGAUCGGACACCUCAGCAUGAGGAAAUGGAGUCUGCUGCACAAGCUAAUGGGCAGCAUUUGGACAAUGAGUUGAACUCAAAAGUAUUCCCACCCAGGGUCCUCAAAAGUGAUGAACUGAAUAGAAGCUUGGAAUUAGACAAGAAAAAUAUUUCAGAGGUGCGAUCUGAAAUACUCAGCCUGGCUGCAAAUUUUCCUUCAAAUUCUGGUCUGAAGGAAGAUCCACUUGGUGUGCCAGCAGAGUGGACCCCAACAAAUGUAAGUGUUCCUUUGCUAAAUUUGGUAGACAAGAUAUUUCAACUCAACAGAAGAGGCUGGUUAAGACGGCAAGCGUUUUGGAUAUCAAAGCAAAUUUUGCAGCUGAUUAUGGAAGAUGCCAUUGAUGACUGGCUCAUAAGGCAAAUUCAUUGGCUCAGAAGAGAUGACAUUGUUGCUCAAGGGAUUCGGUGGAUCCAAGAGGUUCUGUGGCCUGAAGGUAUAUUUUUUCUGAAACUAAAUAGAAGUCAAAUGGAUUCUUCUCAACCAAACGAAGGAUCUUCUCGGACUACAUCUGGCAGUAAGGGUAAUAAACAAGCGUCUUUCGAGGAGCAACUUGAGGCUGCUCGUAGAGCUAGCGAUAUCAAGAAGAUGAUAUUCAAGGGAGCACCAACUACAUUGGUCAGCUUGAUCGGACAUAAGCAAUACAAACGAUGUGCUAAAGACGUAUAUUAUUUUCUCCAGUCUGCUGUGUGUUUGAAGCAACUUGGCUACGGUUUACUUGAACUUGCACUUAUAACGGUUUUCCCGGAGCUGCAAGAUGUCAUAUCAAACGUUCAUGAGAAGAGAAAAUCCGAGCCGCUGUAGAUAUAUGGCUUUACUUAGAUCACAAAGUUUUCAUGUUUAGGUUGACAGAGAUUGCAAAUUUAUUUAUUGAUGUAUAGCAGGGAAAACAAUAUUUCUACUCGUCGUUGUUGGAGUAGAGAUAAGGUCUAUGUAAAUCCUAUUCUUUCCGAAUCCUACUCAUAUGUGAGAUUCCCUUGGAUGGCUUUGU